AUGGGAAAGCAAUCCUUGUACAAUGUUGAAAUGACUGUUGAUGAGAAGAGCUAUGGGGAGUCUGAUUUGUGGAACCAUCCUUUUGGAUUUCGCAAAAUUGAAAGUCACAUCGAUAGUGCUACUGGUGGAAGGCUGUUUAAGGUCAAUGGGCAGCCAAUAUUUAUCCGUGGAGGUAAUUGGAUAUUGUCAGAUGGAUUACUACGACUUUCAAGGAAACGUUACAAAACAGACAUCAAGUUUCAUGCGGACAUGAACUUCAACAUGAUGCGCUGUUGGGGUGGUGGACUGGCUGAGAGACCUGAGUUUUACCAUUACUGUGAUAUUUAUGGUCUGCUAACCUUAUCUCACACUCUUCUUCUCUGCUGGACUUCUUAUGCAUUAUCACUGGUUUGGCAAGAGUUUUGGAUAACUGGAGACUGUGACGGGCGAGGUGUGCCAGUUUCAAAUCCAGAUGGUCCCCUGGACCAUGACCUUUUCUUGUUUUGUGCAAGAGACACGAUCAAGCUUCUGAGAAAUCAUCCCAGUCUUGCUCUGUGGGUGGGGGGAAAUGAACAAGUUCCACCAGAUGAUAUCAACACAGCUUUGAAAAAUGAUCUGAAACUUCAUCCAUAUUUUGAUAAUUUCAAUGAAUUUGGCAAGUUAAGCGAAGAAAUUUCAAAAGUAUUGAAGGAUCCUAGUCAGUAUCUUGAUGGUACACGUAUGUAUAUCCAAGGAUCUAUGUGGGAUGGCUUUGCAAAUGGGAAGGGGGAUUUUACUGACGGGCCUUAUGAAAUUCAGAACCCCGAAGAUUUUUUUAAGGAUGACUAUUACCUUUAUGGAUUCAAUCCUGAGGUUGGUUCUGUGGGAAUGCCUGUGGCCGCUACAAUCAGAGCAACAAUGCCUCCAGAGGGAUGGCAGAUUCCUUUGUUUAAAAAGUUACCUGAUGGCUAUGUAGAGGAAGUCCCAAAUCCCAUAUGGGAAUACCAUAAAUACAUUCCUUACUCGAAACCAAGCAAAGUUCAUGAUCAGAUUUUACAGUAUGGGAUUCCGAAGGAUCUUGAUGAUUUUUGUCUGAAGGCACAACUAGUUAACUAUAUUCAAUACAGAGCUCUGUUAGAGGGUUGGACUUCCCAAAUGUGGAGCAAAUACACUGGUGUUCUGAUUUGGAAAACCCAAAAUCCUUGGACAGGUCUUAGAGGCCAAUUUUAUGAUCAUCUCCAUGACCAAACAGCGGGGUUCUAUGGCUGUCGCUCUGCCGCGGAACCAAUUCAUGUCCAGCUGAAUCUGGCAACAUAUUUUGUAGAGGUAGUUAACACUACAUCAGAGGAGCUGUCCUAUGUGGCUAUAGAAGCCUCGGUGUGGGAUCUGGAGGGAGCAUGUCCAUACUACAAAGUUUCUGAGGAGCUCACUGUGCUGCCAAAACAAACCGUACCUAUUUUUGAGAUGAAGUACCCAAAGUCUAAAAAUCCAAAGCCCGUCUACUUUCUUCUUCUCAAGCUCUACCAUGUAUUGGAUUACGGCAUAAUAUCUAGGAACUUUUACUGGUUGCAUCUGUCUGGUGGUGAUUACAAGCUGUUGGAACCAUACAGGAACAAGAAAAUACCUCUGAAGAUAACUUCUCAAGCCUUUAUAGGAGGGUCCACCUAUGAAAUCCGAAUGCAUGUCCAGAAUAGAUCAGAGAAACCAGACUCUACAAGUCUCCUGGACACGAAUAAUUUCAUUAAAAAAAAGGGCAAUGGUGAUUCUGAUAUGGCUUCAGUAGAACUUGUCCAUAGUGGGACUCAGAAAAAACAGGAAUUUGGUCUAUUUAAGAGGAUUUACAGGCAAUUUUCAAAGGAAGGCAAUGGUCUGAGGGCUACGGAAAUUAAUGGAGCUGAGCCUGGAGUUGCUUUCUUUCUUCAAUUCUCUGUUCAUGCUUUGAAAAAGGAUCUAAAGGAAGGGGAAGACACGAGAAUUCUUCCUGUUCAUUACUCUGACAACUACUUAUCUCUUGCACCGGGUGAGGAAAUGGCCAUAACCAUCUCUUUUGAAGUCCCGCUGGAUGUCACCCCACGAGUAACGCUUCAUGGUUGGAAUUACCAUGGUGGGCAUACUGUCUACUGA